UAUGCUACAAGUAGAAUUCAAAAUUUUUGCUCUGUGAGGUUGACCUCUUGAGGCUGAGCUGGUGAUACAAGCUCCUUCGAUCGACGCUUUGAACAGAGAUCUCAAUACCUGCAGAGAUUAAUCUAGGCUACUUACAGCCUACUAUUUGAUCUCUCCAAAGGCCUUGCAAUGGAUGUUGAACAUUGAGUGUAUUGAUAUGCAUACUAAUUCUUGAGUGAAUGUGGCUGUUUUGAAUAUUUUGUGUCACACAGAUGCCGCCUGUUGAAGAACAAUCGCAGGUUGAUAAACCGAUCCAACCGAAAAUUGGCAUAAUCUAUCCCCCACCUGAAGUAAGAAACAUUGUAGACAAGACAGCUAGCUUUGUUGCGCGUAAUGGCCCAGAUUUCGAGUCUCGUAUUCGUCAAAAUGAAAUAAGUAAUCCUAAGUUUAAUUUCCUCAAUCCGGCUGAUCCUUACCAUGCUUACUAUCAACAUAAAGUUCGAGAGUUCGCUGAAGGAAGGACUCCAGAACCUUCUGCUAUCAAGCUUACUAUUCCUAGUGCUGCUCGUCUUACACAGGAUACUCCUAAGUCUAUUCAAGAAACAUUCACACCAAAGGAUCCACCGGCUGAAUUUGAAUUUAUUUACGAUCCACCAUCUAUUAAUGCAAUCGAUAUCGAUAUAAUAAAGCUUACAUCUCAGUUUGUUGCAAGAAACGGUCGACAGUUUCUAACUCAGUUAAUGAAUAGAGAACAAAGAAAUUAUCAGUUUGAUUUUCUACGUGCACAGCACAGCAUGUUUGGUUAUUUCACAAAGCUUGUUGAACAGUAUACUAAAAUUUUAAUACCACCGAAAGAUAUUAUUACAAAAUUGGAGGAAGAAUUAGGGAAGCCAAGACAACUUCUUGAUGAUAUAAAAUACAGAGUUGAAUGGCAUAAGUACCAAGAACGUCAGCGUAAGCGUGAAGAGGAAGCUGCAGAGCGUGAACGCGUUGCGUAUGCUCUGAUUGAUUGGCAUGACUUUGUAGUUGUAGAAACAGUCGACUUUCAACCGAAUGAAACAGGUAAUUUCCCCUUACCGACUACUGCUGAUGAAGUUGGAGCGCGUUUACUAGCAGAAGAACGUGGCCUUCAACCACAAUCUAAAUCAUCAUCAGCGCCUCCUCCUCCACCUGGUUCACUCGGAUUAAUGCCCACUGAUUUAGAUGAAGGCGACGAUGAUUAUGAUGAUCAAGAUUUAGAUGAAUCAGAUGAUGAGAAUGCAGAUCAUCAUCUAGAUGACGACAGGGGAGGGGAUCUGACCAAUCGUAAUCCUCCACCUUAUUACAUUGAAUCAAGAAAUCAAGCAACGAAUGAUGUUCCUACUCCUCCAACAGCCCACACAACUGAAGAAGACGAUAUGGAGUUGUCUGAUGAUGAGGAGGACAAGACUACAGAACCACCCAAACAGGAUUCUGACCAGCAAACACAAACAGCUACAAAACAAGUAGUACCACUAUCUUCAGAUCAAGUUAUUAUUCGUCAUGAUUAUGAUCCUAAAGCUUCAAGUAUUAAGCGAGCAGAAGAUUCUGUGUUGUUGGUAUCACCAUUCACUGGAGAAAAGAUUCCGGCUAACCAGGCGCCUAAACAUAUUAGAGUUGGACUGCUUGAUCCUAAGUGGGUUGAACAGCGUGAUCGAGAGAUUCGCGAGAAGCGUGAACAAGAGCAAGUUUAUGCUGCUGGAAAUUUAAUCGAUAGUAGCUUGAAGCAAUUAGCUGAGCGUCGUACAGAUAUUUUUGGUGUAGGCGUUGACGAGAUUCAGAUUGGAAAGAAACUAGGCGAACAAGAAACAGUCAAAUCGGAUAAACUUAUUUGGGAUGGAUACGCGGCAACCACAGAUGUUGUUGCCAAAAGGAAUUUAGAAGCAAUCACGGCAAAAGACAAGAUGGAAUUGUUAGAAUUUCAGCAAAAACUGGAAGCUUCUCGUGAUAAGAUUGGUCCACAAAGUGGUGUGCCUCCUGUUCCAGGUAUUGUCCCUUCAGGAAUGCCGAAACCAUCAAUACUGUUACCACCACCGCCGCCGCCGCCACCACCACCACAAAGUGGAAUUGUACCACCACCUCCACCGCCGCCAGGGCUUGUAAUGCUUUCUAACGCACCACCACCACCACCACCGUUGCCUCCCGGAUUAUUUCAACCCGGUCUGCCACCACCUCCUCCUCCACCUGGCAUAGCUGUUCCGAGUUUUAUGCCUCCGCCGCCAGGUGUUCCCCCGCCACCUAUGCCUUCCACAACAACCGCAGUCACUGAUGGAGAACCAGAGGCUAAAAGACCAAGAGAAUAAAUAAAAAGUAAUCGUUACUGAAAAACAUUAUACACUUUGUGUUCUGUACUUUACCAACUGGUCACUUCAAAUAAUAUAUUUUCACAACUUUUGAUAUAAAUGUAAUUGGGUGUCUCGUUUUUUUGCUCGUAGGCUGUUUUCACUGCCGGUUUUUACUUUGUUCUUCGUUACACGGCGUCGUUUUACUGACCGUGUAGAAAAUGUAGGCAUAUUUCUGUGGUUUGGGGCCGCCCUAGUUUCAUUGUAGCCAAAUAUCCCCACUCUCUAUUUCUGAAUUGAAUUUAUUUUAUUUUUAAUAGUGCAGAUCUCAAGAGAUAAUACGUUAUUCGAUUAGUUCUUCGCCUUCAGAGUUUUGUACCCCUAAGUUCAUACUACACCACUUUUGGGUAAUGAUUAGACAUUUUUAUCAUGUAUAUUCCACAUUUUAAGGUUGUAUAAUUUCGAAAUAGUCAAAACAUUGCUGUCGACUAUACAUUGACUUUCCACAUCUCAAUUAUAAUUCAGAUGGAUUAGUUUAUAUAUAUAUGAUGUCUGCAAUGGGGAGGGGUGGUUAUGUGUCGAUUAGAUUUCGGAUUGGACAUUGUGAUUCACUAGGUGUUUGUUAUACUUUGUCUGACUGACAUGUUUUAUAAAGUUGGAAGCAAUUGAGUAUGCUUUUACUACACCU